AUGGAAUUCAACGAUGGAUCAACUUUCGCUCCUUGGAAAGGCUCGCGAAAGAGACCCAGGUCUCCCGACCUUGCAGACCGUUCUGCCCACGAGUUGGACUACAGACCCGUGGCUAUGGAGCGUCCCACAACAGCCGUUUCCUUUGGCGUCGACACGGAGCGGAGUAAACGGCGAAAGCACUCUAUCAGCACGCAGAGUCUCAGCUCUCCUGCACCCCCAAAGCGAGCCCCUAUCCGCCGGCCCUCUAUGCUGGUGGACCUACCUGGCGAAGUUCUGCAGCACAUUUUCACUUUUGUUGAUCCCAUUUCUCUUGGACGGUUGAUCCGUGUCAACCGCUGCUUUCGUUCUCUCCUUGAUCCCGCAUGUCUACUGCCACAAAAGUCUGCAUCUAGCCUGUCCAUGCGUUUGACCAUGCGCAGUCAGGACCUUGUUUGGGCCGCAUCACGAAGAUCGUUCCUUCCAGGUUUCCCAAAGCCAAUGGACAAAAUGACAGAGCUGGAAGUGUGGAGACUUGUUCGAGGCCGCACAUGCCAAUUCUGUGGAAAGAAAACAACUCACAAUCAACCCCUGUCGAUGUCUGAACUCUGGGAUUCCGGGCCUGGAUUAGAUGGUGUUCGGCCUAUCUGGCCAUUUAGAGUCAGGACUUGUGGCCGUUGUCUGCAACCCAGGCUGAUAAAGGAUGCAGAAUUGAUUGUCUCUACUUAUUCGGCACUAAGGCCCGCUUUGCCUUUCGCGAUCUUGACACAAGAGUUGAAUUAUAUUCCAUCCACGGUAAUCCCGCAGAGGCCACCACCCCCUCAUCUGGAACUGGUCAAAUACUACUUCAGGCCUCAGUUCGAAGCACUUCAAUCCGAGUUCCAUGACAUAAAGGCUUUAGGUGCUGCUGCGGUCGCCGAAUGGUAUAAAGGCCUCGAGACUCUGGGUCAAAGAAGUAACGCCGACGCUGCGCGCUUUGAGCAAUGGGAACUCCAAGGUGGAUAUUCCAGGUUGCCAAUUGCCAGAAGCCCCAGCGGAAACGGUGUCGAUACUUCGUUGAUGAGUCUUACGAAUCAUGCAGACCCUAUGCAAACAUUCGACAACGUGCAACAACCAUCUGCGCAUUCUGCCGACGGAACACCCUCUUCUGGCAACGUGGUUUCAGGACUCUCCACUCCCGGCACCCUCGAAGAUUCUAGACACCCUGCAGCUCAAAUACAGUCAUGGCCUCUUCCACACUUUCCUGUUGCGCCAGGACAGCAGCCCCUCACAUCCAUCAGCCCUCUUGGUCCUUCAUCGCCAUCUGGCCAAAUUCCAGGGCGUCCCCCGCGCCAAAAGACUGAACGUAGUCUGAAAGAGGCAACAAAGACAAGGGCUGAACGCCGCAAAGAUAUUGAGAGACGCUGCCUCGCCCUCGAGCCCCCUAUAAUGCCGUCAACGUUGGUGCAUAUGGAUGCGUUUCAGGCGGCGAUCUUGAUUUCACGCCCACUCGACGAUAAGGCCUGGGAGAUAUUGAGACCGCGUCUUCUUGCACAACGUGCAGACGCUGAACAUCGAGAGAGCAAAAUUUCACUUAGCGAUCCUACAAUACAACUCCAAAAGCGCCAGCAACUGGAGGAAGAGCAGCGCGUGGCACAGGCAAAUGCAAGCCACAUGUGGAUCGAACUGAAGGUCCCUCCAAGAGAUAAAUUACAGAAAUAUGCGCAAGAUUUUAUACAUCUGACAUGGUCGGAUGGUACUGCGGUGACCAAGGCAACUGCAAGCAAGUUCGCUGCGGAGGUUCUUUGUCAUGUGCGACAGCGCUUCGACGAGGUGGUUGCUCAAGAAGAUCGAAUGCUCCAACUCAAAGGAACCGCCUUUCCCCAAGACGAGGCGUCCCUUGCCUGCAGGAAAUUAAAACUUGAGGACAUGAAAUGGGUCUACGAAGAAUUUGUGAAGCCUCACGCGGAAAGAUUCGGAAAAGAACUUUUUCUCUGCCACGUGUGUGAUACCACACAAAAGCUCUUCGCAUUCGAAGCAGUCAUCCAGCACUUUGCUGCGAAGCAUACGAGCUCUCUCAGCAGCGGCAACAGCAUCGUGUACUGGAAAGCCGAAUGGCCCCUGGAACCCCCCUUCGAUCCACAUCCGAACAUUCCCUGGGCUCUCCAGGCUGCAGGCAGUAUGGCUAGCACACAACCACCUCAGCAAGCUCGCCUGGGCUUGCCUCCUCGCGGCCCGCCAUCAUCGGUUGAGGGCGGGCUUGGAGGUCCAUACAAUGUUCCGCAGCCUAUUUCAUCAUCACAGUGGUUUGCCGACCCAUUACAACAUGUUGAUCCGAACAGUUCUUCGAGCGUAUUGAGAACGGACUCGCUCAAUACCGGGCGUCUCCCUCCAAGGCUUGAAAGAGGACGUCUCCGUGGUAGCGUCGCCGGCUCUUCGAUUGCCAGAUCUGAGACCUCCGGAUAUACCAAUGAAGAUGAAUACGGGCCUCGUUAUCAGCCCUAUAAAUUCGCCCGCCCGAACGCUCCUAUCGUUCAAUACUACCAAGGGUCACAUGCUGGUGCUAAAAUUGGCGACGAGAUGGAUAGGAGCCAUUCAGGCAAAUCCGCACCUCGACGUGAAGAACACCCUCAUCUUUUCGAGACCGGACGUGGCUGGGAAGUCUGGAAGCGACCAGGGCCGAUUUCCCACGGCUCCAUGAUAUAUUCGUACGGAGACAGCUCUUCGAGGUUCUCGUACGGAGAGUCUGUACAAAGAGAUGGCGGGACCUCGGUCGACGGAACAUCUGAGACUGGUGGUAGCAAGACUACCAGCCACAUCUCUUUGCGGCGGGAAUUGGCUUCGGAGUCAAGAGCGCCAACCAGCGACCUCGAGUCAUCGAGAGAGGAAGCCCAUCAAGCUGCAACCCAUGCAGCUGUAGAGAAUUUUCUCAACAACUUCAGUCCUCUGGUUGGUGAUGCGGGCACGGAUAGUGUGAGAGACGUUGGCACGAUAACGCGACCGACUGACUUGGAGCAACCACACAGUAUACCGGGACUGCAUCCGAUUGAUGCGUAUCCUCAGCAGGGUGAGACCUGGGAGAGCUUGGGCAACCGCACCAGGGGCCAUAUCUCUCCUCCUACUCGACAAAGACCUGCUCCACCCCUCAGAGAGCUUGAACGACCGCCUGUGUGGGCUGACAACCCUCCAGCACAGCUCCGCUAUAGCCCUUCGAUGCCACCAGAUCGUGACCCGGAGAUUGCUCGGGAGCUGGCUUAUGAUGAUAGAUACAGGGAGCUUCCCGGACGAGCACUCCAAGCCCGCUACGACCGCCAAUUUGAGGAUAUGCGGGACCUCGUCCCCGCAUAUCCAGUGCCUCCUUACGAACCUCAGUAUUUCUACAGUCACGACGGAAGACGAUAUGUAGAAGUAAGGGAACAGAAUGCGGAGAGGUAUGCACCUCGAGCCAACGACUUUCCCGAACGAUAUCACAACCCCACGGAUAGUUCUGGCUCGCGUUAUUUGGACAGCAGGCGAUACGUUCCAGAACGACAAGUUGAACACGACAAUCGUAUGCAUGGUCCAUUGAGAGAAUACGAACUUGGCGAUAACGAUUACCGCGCUGCUCAGAAUAUGGGACCGUCGUGGGGGUAUGAUAGCCGCCACCCUCACGAGCAGGCUACUCUUGAGCCACAUCCACGGAGUGCAAGAACCAACACUCGAGAGACCACAUAUGAGCCGAUCGAGCAACCAAUGAGAUACACGCCGCGAUCCUUUGGCGCAGAGCGCCCUGGUGAAUGA